AUGGAUCCAACAUCCCUAAGCUUUGCUGGCGGAUUACCAGCACAUUGUGCUCCCACCUCGUCCAUUCUGACCGAUGUGUCGUCCUAUUUCGGAACCUGUAUUCCUACUCCUCUUGCUGCCCUUUCGACCCUACUUGGGACACUGUCAAUAGUGUCAUGGCUGUUUGCCCAGAUGCCACAGAUCUUUAAGAAUUAUCAAAUCAAAUCCACAGCAGGCUUGUCGAUUUUCUUCUUAGCCGAGUGGCUGUUAGGAGAUUUGACCAAUCUUCUGGGUGCCUUGUUCCUCAAGCAAGCAACGUGGCAGAUCAUCAUUGCUAGCUACUACGUAUUUGUCGACGUCUGUCUCGUGGUUCAGUAUUUUUGGUAUACUCAUUUUGCCAAAUGGAUCUAUGCCGAGAGCCUUCACUCGAGUGGCAGCAGCGAGAUUGACGACACGGACAGCGCCAUGAUUAACGGUCUGUCCCCGAUCAAUACAACAUUUGGUGAGGAUUCGCCGUUCUUCGAGCCUGCGGAUGAUGGGGCUCAGAAAUCCGACAACCCACGGAAUAUGGACAUACCCAAUUUCUCUCAAGUCAACUAUGGUGAAAAGAAAGGGACACCAAUCCGAACCAUGUCGGACAAGUUCGGUUCGAGUUGGAUGACAUCUGCAUCGCCACGAACAUUGAUUUACACGGCAACGUUAUCAUCACUAGCAUCUAAUGUGGUUGCCGCACCUCUUCCACCAUUGGCUGAGGGCCAUGGGCCUGGAGUUCACUUUUUUCGUGUUGACACCCCUUUACAUGUCGCUGGGACAAUAUUGGCCUGGAGCUCAACAUUCCUGUAUCUUGGGUCCCGCCUUCCUCAGUUAUACAAGAAUUGGAGGCGUCAAUCCACUGCUGGAUUAUCACCCCUCUUAUUCGCAGCAGCAUUCUGCGGGAAUUUGUUUUACUCUACUUCUUUGAUCACAAAUCCGAACGCAUGGGCGAAUUACAAGUCAUACGGACAUCAUGGUUGGGUAGAUGGAGAGGGUUCACAACGUUGGGAAUGGGUUGGAAGGGCAGCGCCUUUCUUCCUUGGUUCUGCCGGCUGUUUGAGCAUGGAUGCAUUGAUGGGUGUACAAUUUGUCAUUUACGGAGAGAAAGAGGCCCGGAUCAUCAAAGUAAGGGACAGCGAUGGCUAUAGUCAUUGGGAACGAGUGAACGGGUGGAUGAGGGGAUGGAUUCCAAGCAUGGCUGGAAAGGAUAAGGUGGUUGAUUUGGCACAAAGCCAACGUUUACUGAGCGAAAGUACACAUCUGACGCGGCGUCAGAGCAACCUGGACUAUGGGACAGUGACGAUGUGA